UGAAACAGACUGUACUUUUGUCAAAACCAUACAGUCGAAUGAGUAUGAAAAGAGUUGUCACAGCACUGAUCUUAUGCUCAGCCGUUCAAAUCCAAAGUGCCAUAGCACUAAAAAUGAGGCAAAAUACCCGCGGUUUAAGCGGAGUUGCUACAGGAACAUGCCUAAUUUGGAGCUGGACAGCUGCCUCAAAUCUAAUUUUCAGCAAAACCUACCAAGCUACAGAUCUGCCGGAAUUCCAGGCAUGAUAAACGGCAGUAUAGACCCUUACACUUGGCCAAGAUUUUAUCAUUAUUUUGGUGGGGCUUUGAUCCAGGGUAGCUUAACCGUACUGAACGCUAAAAUGUGGGGAUGGUCAACUCUGAAGUUUUUGAACGUCAGAACAAAUGUGAAGAAUCCCCAGAAAAUGUUGAUUGAUGUGGACUUCCGAGUACCGAAAAUAGAUGUUUUUGGUCAGUUUAAGGCAGAAGGUAAAAUGGGUGCCGCCAGGGUUUACGGUGGAGGACCGUUCUGGUUGAACGUGACUGGAGUGAGUGGUACGUGGAAAGUAAUUGGCAGCCGGGAGAAAGGUGCGCCCUACAUGGAGAUUAAAAGCUUCCGUGGCAAUCCCAUACUCAGACUCGAGACUUUCAAGCUCAAAGCUCCGGGUGCUGCUCUCGGCAACCAACAGCUCAGUAACCUGGUCGAGGCUACUAUCAACGGAGCAUGGAGAAUUUUCCAGGAGGUAGCUGAUCCUGCCAUCGAACGAGAAUGGGGAAACUUCUGCAAAGAUAGUCUCAACAGGGUUUUCAAGUCCGUGCCAUACGAUGAGCUCUUUCCUCUCGAUAGGACUCCCGCCAGAAAUUCCUCGUCUCGCAACUCGGCAUCAAGGAUUUUUUAAUCCAUAGGGAACUGUUUAUUAUAUAUUUUAUAUUUUUAUACGAA